AUGGUGGGGUCGCCCACGAAGCGGCUGGCGCGGCGGGUGAUGAGGAGGCCGCUGGAGAAGGCCGGGAUGGUGGGGCUCGCCGUGGUGGCCACGGCCACCGCCGCGCUGCUGCUGCUCGUCUGUGCCGCCUCGCUCCGCUGCUCCGCCGCCGUCGACUACGCGCUCGCGGCGCCCAGGAGGCUCUGGAGCGGCGGGGUCUCCAUCGCGGCCGAGGCGUCGCCGUCGCCGUCGGCGGAGAGGGGGAGCGGCGCCGUUAAGAAGGCGGCGGCGGCGGCGGCGGCGAUGGUGGUAGGGGAGGAGUGCGACCUGUUCGACGGGAGUUGGGUGUGGGAUGACACCUACCCGCUCUACGAGUCCAAGGACUGCCCCUUCUUAGACGUCGGGUUCCGGUGCUCGGAGAACGGCCGGCCGGACGCUUCCUAUGUCAAAUGGCGGUGGCAGCCGUCGCGCUGCGAUCUACCCAGAUUCGAUGCCAAAUUUAUGCUCGAGAAGCUACGGAAUAGAAGGGUGGUAUUUGUUGGUGAUUCAAUUGGAAGGAACCAAUGGGAGUCUCUGCUUUGUAUGCUCUCUAGUGCUGUUCCUAACAAGAAGUCCAUCUAUGAAAUUAAUGGGAGUCCCAUCACAAAGCACAUGGGUUUCUUGAUUUUCAAGUUUAGCGACUACAAUUGCACUGUGGAGUAUUACAGGUCUCCUUUUAUAGUCCUUCAAGGCCGUGCACCAGCUGGAGCCCCUAAGGUUGUUAAGUACACAGUUAGGGUGGACGCCAUGGAUUGGAUGUCGGGCCGCGGUAAGUGGAGCAGUGCUGAUAUUUUGAUCUUUAACACUGGGCAUUGGUGGAACUACGAGAAAACUAUCCGAGGGGGUGCCUAUUUCCAAGAAGGAAGUGAGGUCAAGAUGGAGAUGACUAUUACUGAUGGGUACCAAAAAUCAAUACGGACACUAUUCAAUUGGCUUCACAAAGAAGUUAACACAAGCAAGACCCACGUCAUCUUCCGUACUUAUGCUCCUGUGCACUUCAGAGGUGGUGACUGGAGGAGUGGAGGGAGUUGCCACUUGGAAACUCUUCCUGAUGCGACACCAGUUAAAUCACUGGAGCAAUGGGCUGACAUGCUUCAACCUGUGCAUAAUUUUCUUGGGAGCAGCAUCAGACCCAAGCUACCUGGGUUAGCUAUAUUGAACGUGACACAGAUGACAUCACAGCGAAAAGAUGGUCACCUCUCAGUAUACCUCAGCCCUUCAGGGCCUGUCCCUCUGCACAGGCAGGAUUGCAGCCAUUGGUGCUUGCCUGGAGUUCCUGAUACCUGGAACGAGCUUCUGUAUGCUGUCUUCAUGAAAAGGCAAACGGUGAUGGACCAAAAUGUUUCUCUUGCUGGCUCAACAACACUGAACACAGGCUGA